GAAAAGCUUUGCUGCGCAUUGCUUGAAUCUCCGAAUCCCCUCACCAAACAAGCUCCAUUGCACCGCCUCUCACCCACCUCCACCAUGACCAGCACGCUGCCAGCUGUGGCCAUCCCGGGCCAGCGCCUGGGCCCAAUUGCCUCCUUCUCCGCCGGCCCCGGCACCCACGUGCAGAACGCCAACAUCUACGCCUCGAUCGCCGGCCCGGUCCUCGUCGACGCCCACCCCUCCUCCAAGACCAAGUCCACGCUGAGCGUCUCGCGCACCGCCCUCCGCAACCCCUCCGCCGCCCCCUCCUCCUCAACACCACCACCACCAACAACAACAACCACCACCACAUCCGGACCCCAGCCCCCCAAACCCAACAAACCCCGCUACAACACCCUCCCCGCCGUCGACUCGGUCGUGCUCGCCCGCGUCACCCGCGUCCAGAAACGCCAAGCCACGGUCUCCAUCCUCGUCGUGCUCGACGACUCCGUCAGCUCGCACCCCCUCAACCCCACCGUCUCAGCCUCGGACAACGAUAACAUCGAAGCCAUCCUCUCGUCCGCCGCGAACCCCGAGAACCAUUCCAGUUCCGAUGAGCUGCGCUUCCAGGCGCUUAUUCGGCGCGAGGACGUCCGUGCUGUCGAGAAGGAUCGCGUCGUCAUGGAUGAGAUGUUCCGAGUCGGUGAUAUUGUGAGGGGCUCGGUUAUUUCGCUUGGCGAUCAGAGCUUUUAUUAUCUUACUACGGCGAGGAAUGAUCUGGGGGUUGUUAUGGCCAGGAGUGAGGCGGGCAAUAUGAUGUUUCCGGUUAGUUGGAAGGAUAUGAGGGAUCCUGUUGGAGGGGGGUCGGAGUUGAGGAAGGUGGCGAGGCCGUUUUGAGUCUGAGAUUGUCUGGCGAGAGCUAGGCGUUCGUUCUUUAUUCUCGUCCUGUCCUGUCUGUUUGGGUCGGGUUGG